AUGGGUUUGCUACCAAAGAUCAUUGUCCUUGUUGUCUUCUAUUGCUCCCUUGUUAUCUACUCUAAGAGUGUCGCGGGAGGUAAGGAUAACCCUUAACGUAGUUAGAGUUUUUUUUAACAUUAUAUUUCAACCAGCAAUAGCAAACACCAUAAGCUACUGGUACUCCAACUAAGUAAUUUUUUUUUCGUAGUUAAGAACGUUAGAAUUGACGUAUCGACGGGAUUCAAAGUUGCAAUCCGUCGUGAAGUGGACUCAUUCAAAAAGCUUAAUACCAGGCCUGGAUUUUUAAAAUCUAAUCAUAUUACUCGAAUAAUGAUUCGAACUACUAGAAAUACAUAAAUCGCAGGACCUCGCGAAGGACUUGGGGGGAACGGCAAGUAAAGUGGAGAAGAAAAUUUGUUAAUCAAAAAUUGUGAGCUAUAUACAGAAACUUAACAAAACUGUUGUACCUAAAAUGAAAACUACAUGAAAAGAAAAAGAAAAAAAAAAAGAAGAAAAGAAAAGAAAAGAAGCGAAGAGAAAAAGUACUGCCCGGAUUCGAACUCAGGCCUUUCAGAGUACCGGGCGAACGCUUUACCACUAGACAACGUGGUCGAUUCUUUGACUUCAUAUUCAAGGAUGCUUAUCGAUUAUUUUUCAUUGCAGGCAAUAUUUCAGGUGAUAAACUUUAUUACUGUGACUCAGACAAACAGCGUCAUCCACGGGCAAAGUGUCUCUUUAACCUCUGUGUUUGUCAGGGCUGGCAUUAUGGAGAUGGAAAAUAUAGCUGUGAAGGUACAAAACUACAUGGUCCCCUCUUUUACCCAUCCUCUGAGUGAGAGAGCGAGGGAGACAUUGGACCAAAUGGUCAAGGGGAGGAAUGAAGACGCACCCUAAACUGAUGCUGUUUAAUCCAACGAGCAGAAAUGAUAAAUCAAAGUUUUAAACACGAGGCGACUGGAAGCAAAUUUGACACUUCAUAGUAAACACGAAAUGUGAUAAUAUUAAACAACCUAUGAAAAUGUUUUCAGUACGUAAUUCGACCUAAUUAUUGUCUGCCAGUUUUUUCUUUAAAAAGAAGCCAAAAACUUUUAGCUUUCCACUUUCAAGAUUCACAGAAAAUCAUUUAACACUAUUUACCCUUUCACUCGAUCUUGCAGCGGUAUAUCUUCACCCUAAAACUUGUAAGUUUUUAUUUUAAAAGCUCUGUGCUCUCCAUUUCUGUUGUUCAUAUCACAGAAUUCAGAAGGAACAAAACUGCUUCUACCUACUUUAAAAUACAGACGUUUUUAUUUUUGUGUGUUAUCACCUCUUUACCCUCAAACUAGGUAGAUAUAGGCCCUGCAAUAAACACGUCAACAGAGAGAACAAUGGAUGCUUAUCACCACACUCCAUGUGCAUGAUGACACGGAAUUAUCGCAACACUCGGGUCGUUUGCAAAUGCAAAGACGGCUACAUCGGGGAUCCCGCGAAGCGUUGCACAGGUAAACAGGAGUCAGAUCCAGAACGUUCAGAAAGCAUAAGCGGGGACCGGAGACAUGCUAACUCUCAGUAGAUGACAUUUACGUAUUUUUCAAAGAACCCUGACAACAUCUAUAUCGCAAUAACUUACUGUUACAGUAAAAAACUUUCCUUCACAAUUGCGACCGAUUUUCGUGUCUUCCACCCCAAAAUACAAACUCAAUGAAUCUCAAAGAAAGAGUUCGCAGGUUCUAGUCUGUGAGCGCUAAGAAAGCUCUAUACAGGUUUAUCUCAGCUUACUAUUAGAGCAUGUUUUCAGAACGUGUUAUAGCCUCUCUUAGCACUCACAAAAUUAAAAAAUUUAGGCGGCCAUGCAUUUCAAUUCGUUUUGAUCGGGUGCUAAGCGGCGGGGCCUGGGAACUGCUUUCAAACAUCCAAACAGCUAACCUCCAAGUUGUGAUCUCGGGACAGAAAUCAGACGCUGCCCUGUGCGGGCGGGAAUCAUAAAGACGAUACCUUUGGUAAGUGUUACAAUCAUAAUAUUCCUCAUGAGGUACCGUAAAAUUCCGAGAAUAAGCCCCGGGACUUACAUUUUUCAAAAGCCCUUUUUGAGGGGCUUAUAUUCGGAGGGAAAUUUGCGUUUCAAAAUCGAUUGGGCUAGCCAUGUAAUUGGAAGUAAAUUUACCGUUUUUGCUUUGUUAUACUUUGUAUUUGAGGGCAAUUUUCCAAGUACAAGCACCCGGGGGGCUUAUAUUUGGAGGGGCGAUUUAACAGAGGGUUUUUUUUUUGGGGGGGGCUUAUUUUGGGAAUUUUACGGUACAUUAUACAUUAUUCUGCGUCACUUUGGUGUUAGUAUCCUGGGUGAUUUUAGUGUUAUAGAUAGAGAACUCCGAAGCCCUACACCGGGGUCCUUAGGAGCCCCCAAAAUCGCGAUCUAAAUAGGAUUAAUUGCACUGAAAAUGAAUAUUGAAACUAGUGACUUUUAAUUAUCAUUUUUACAGAGGUGAAACCCGCUGGAAAUACCUCACUCUGCACAUCAAAUGCUGGACCAUGUCGGUGCCCUAAAUCUUCAAUUGGAAACUCAGAUGGCAUCUGCAUAUGUAAGAUCUUGUUUUAAUUUUCUGUUCCUAUACAAUAGUCUCUACCGUUCGGAUCAAGAAUUUUUUGUUUGAGUCACGCAAACACAAGGCUGCGAUUUUGUCAGUCGGAUGUAUUUUUUCAAGUUCCAUGGCGAAAAAGGAUGAUGUUAAUUAUGAAAACGAUGAUACAAUAGAAUACAAUAAAGAAGGAGACUUAAUAAGCUUUUACAAGUUUUCUAAGUUACGGUCCUCUAAAAAUAUAAGCUAGUGGAUAAUAUACAAAAAUAUGUACAUGUAUAAGAGUCAAAAAUAUCACAACAAAAUAUACCAUAUGCAAAAAUACAAUGAUGCCCUUGAAUAGCACACCUUUUUUUAAAUUUCCAGUAGAGUCAUAUGGAGACUGCAAAGGCCGUUGCAAAAUGCCCGGUACAGUGUGUUUGGUGACAGCACUUUUUAAGCAAGGUUGGCACGGACAGGAGAUCUGCAUGUGCAAUGGAAAGCUGGCUGGAGAUCCUGAUAGAACUGGAUGCCGACAUCCUAAGGGUUCGUGUCAGAAAUAACGUAUCAACUAUCAGAGUCAUAUUCCUGCCUUGCGGUUAAAAAACACUUAUUAACUCUUACACCGGUUUUUCAAGUUUUGAAAAAGGAGAGUAAACGAAUAUCCGUUCACACCGCUAGGAGGAGCGCUCUUAAGUUAGUGAACUUACCAAGUUUAAAGGGACAGGUUCACAGUUCAGCGCAUGCUCGUUAAUCAAAAUGCUAUUUUUCUGCCGGUAGAUGCUAUAUCGUCUAUGAAAGCAAUAUGUUCGUGCCAUAAUGUUGUCAAAGAACCAAUCUGCACUCUCCCCUGGCAGUCACUUGAUCAACUAAGGUGCAAAUAGCUGUAAAUUAAUCAACCAUGGAAUAAAACCUUUGGGUCAACAAUAAAUUCAGCGUUGGUAGUGUUGGCAUAAUCCACUAAUUUUUCUGCGAUUUUAGUGCUCCUCCAUCCCACUUCAGGUUACUCUUAAAUACACUUCUACUUUGAAGUACGCGCUGAGAUCGCUGAGAUACAUGUGAGUGGGAUUAUUAACCGAUAUAAUUAAUAAUUAAUUGGAAAAAGUAAUUUAAUUAAUGAGCAUGCGUGAACCUAUCCCUUUAAAGGUGACAACUCCCCACCACAACGUAGCGAAAUUUUACAGUUGGGAGUCCCCUGCCAUACAAACGUCUGUAAAAUGAGGCGACUUCGCGUUGUUGUAUCUUCGUUAGCUUUCAACAAAUAACUUUCAAGCUUGACAACGUUAGUGAUUUUAAGACUUUCUAUCCAGUAGUGUUGACGGUUUUUCGCUAACUGAUUCCAGUCAAAAGGUAAAAAAAAAACAAAACAAAAACAAUGAAACAGUCGAAGGGUCUGUAUUUGUUACGACUAUUCGCCAGAAAAAUAGGUUUUACUUAUGAGUCUCUUGCGCUAAGAUUAAAACAUAGUUUUAAGGAUAACUAUUGAAGCGUCACCAAAACUCUUGGUACUAUCGCAGUCAGUUGCAGACAUUAUAUUUUAAUGGUACCAAAAUGUUGGUAAAGUCCGCAAUAAAUGAUACCUUCCAGUGGAAGGUACUACGGAGAAACAAACGAUAAACAGAGCUAUAAUUCCAUGCUAGCCAAGUCUACAAUAUCACCAUGACAUAUUGAAUAAGACAGAAAUGAGAUCUAAUUUUUGUAUGUGUUCGUAGUGGAAGAACUUUGUAAAUGGUAUGGAAGUGUCUGCCCUCCAAAAAGUCAAUGUACACAGUACGGAAAAGAGUUUUAUUGCCAGUGUGAAACCGGAUAUGUCCCAAACAAGUGGAACAAAUGUGAAGGUGAGUUUUAUCGAAAAGCAAGCAAACAACAACAGCAAGUAAGAGAUUAACCAAGCAACAACAACAACACUAUAAUAAAAUAUUGGAAGUUUAACGGCUCCCAAUGUAUGGACCUUCAUAGCUCAGUUGGUAGAGCUCUGCAGCGCCAACGAAGAGGCCAUGGGUUCGACUCCCGUUGAAGUCCAGAAGUAUAUUUCGAGUUAAAUUGCAAUUACCACUGCCACGAUCGUAUCUUCAUGUAACCAUAGUUAACACUUCCCUCUUCAAACUAUGAUUUCACUUUGUAUUUCCGUAGUUCACAUCAUCUUCACUCUAUUUCAGGUUAUUUCAUUACUUGCUUGUCGAUCAAAAAAUUGUCUAUUAAAUAUUUUACCAAAAAAAAAAAAAACCACAGGAAAGCUAAUACAUUCAGACAAAAAUAGAAAUAAUUUAGGAACUAAGAUUUGGUCUUGUUGUGUGUAAAAAUAUGGUUUUUAAAUCAAAAGAAAAGGGCAAACAUAUAGUGCAUUUUCACAUGACGUCAAGGCGGCCAUAUUGGUGUUUCAAAACAAUGAAACGGCGGCCAUGUUGGAGUCCCAGACAAAUCCUGUGGGAGUUGAACAUUUUUCUUAUGCAAACGCUUUAUUUUGUUUCAAUAAAUUUGCAUAGAUGCUGGUCACGUGAGUGAAAACGCUCUUUUGAGCGUUUUCACUUACGUCACCAGUAACUAUGCAUAUAUUGCGACAAAAUAAAGCGUUUGCAUAAGAAAAGAGUUUAAUUCUCGCAGGGUGGGUUUGAGACACCAACAUGGCGGACGUGAUUUGAUGGGAAAUGGCUGUUGUAAACAAAGAACAAACUAACGUGACAAGUGAGAUAUUAGAAAAUAAGGUUUCUUGGCGGCUUUUCUUGUCAUUUUAACAGAUAUCAAUGAGUGCAAUGAUCCUAGAAAGUGUGCUCGUACAUGAAAAUGCCAAAAUGUUCCUGGUUCCUUUACGUGCGAAUGUCAGGAUGGCUUUAUUGGGGACGGUGUGCUAUGCGAACGUGAGUGUUUUACAGCGUAUUCUGCAAGUAAAUAGUUGUUGCAAUACAUUUUUUUAACCUUGGUCUUUUGUCAUUAUGUUCGCUGUUCUAGGUAAUUUUUUUGGUUUUAAGGUUUUUUUUCCUUAAAAAAUUAGGGUGUUAAAUGUAUGCUUGUACCUUUGCCAUCGCUCAAGAGACUUAAAACAGCGCAAGUGCUGUUGUUACUGCGCGUCAUUUUACGGCUAUUGGUCCUUAAUUCUAGUUACUGGAGAUGAUUGUACGAACAAUUUUUCAUGAACCCUUUGAUGUACCCACAAAAAUCGCGGAAAAAAAUGCAAUGGAUGUAUGGCGCUGCCAUUUCUUAUGCCACAAAAAAACUCCAAGGCCCGGGGGGCGGUAGUCUCCUUCGCAGCCGUUAUUAGGGUCGUCACUCGUCACGCAACGCUUAGUGGGGAGGAGCGUUGCGUGACGAGUGACGACCCUAAUAACGGCUGCGAAGGAGACUAGGGGGCGGGGGUACUCCUUGGAAUUCUUGGCGGGGAUGUGCUACGCGGUUCUCCAAAUCUUGACCCUUUUUCAGACCAAAACAAUGUCAUUUUUCACACCCGUUUUCAGACAUGGCCUCUAAAUUCCAUACCCAUUCUCAGACCUGGCCUUUACGAAAUUAUGUCAUCAUCACUUAGAUUAAAACAGCAACAACAAGUGAUUUAUUAAAGUCCAUUACGAAAUGGAACACAUGGUCUACACUCUUAUAGACCAUAGAAAUGACGUCAUGGUUUCACUGCAAAGUUUUGAGCAAUUUAUGGUGUCAUUUCUAUGGUCUAUAAGAGCGUGGACCAUGGAAAAUUGUCGGCGGUCGAUUUGUUUUUUACAAUGACAUUUAUUUUUUGUUUCCUGCGAAGUUUCUCGCAAACUGCGCGAAGCGACGUUUUUUUUGUUGUUUUUCGUAUUUUUUUUUUUGUAUUUUUGCAGCUUCAGGCACCAACUCACUGUCAGAAAUGUCUCCCCAUGUGCUGAGAUUUGGUUCGUCUUUGUCCAUGUUGAGGAGUAAAAUUGUUUUUAUGAAAAACCAAAACGAAAACAACCGGCACUGCCUGACAUGUUACGUCAUUUCCAUGGUCUUUACUCUCAUAGACCAUGGCUCUCGACCAUUCAGCGCGCGAGGAUUCAGUCAGUUAUUUUAAAAACCCAUAUGGCUUAUAUAAGGAAGUACUUCCAUGGUCGGAGGCCUGCCACGCAUACUCAGAUCCAAAAAUGUUCUGAUACACGUUGUUCAAACGUAGCUACGCAUCAAUGCAAGACAUUCAAGUUUCAUCUUCGACACUACCCAGAUCUGGAAAGUGCUUCUGCUUGAUCGAGUCGCGAGAAAAUUGGCUUUAACCAAUCAGUGGCACUACCCAGAUAUGGCUAGUGUCGCGUCAUCAGUAUGGAAUUUCUACGCUCGUUUCUUAGAUGUCCUUUCGCAGGGAAACCAGUGGCUGCGUCGCGAAAUGUCGGCUGUUUUCCCAGGCUACCGUAAAGUCAGAUUAGCAUAUCGCCCUUCAUUCUACUAGCAACACAUAAAUUCUAUUCAAGGAAGCAUUAAACACUGAAUGACUGGUCCCGAAUGAAACAUUUUAUUUUGUUUCUCAAGAAUCUCAAUGUCCGUCUCGGGAAACAUUGAGAUUCUCAGGAAACAAAAUUAACUGUUUACCGAGGGAUUAGUCUUUAUGUGAUUUGUUAUUAAGCUGGAAACUCAUUAAACCUCGCUGUAACGGCGGUUGUCGGUCAACAUCCGCGGGGAACAGUGCACUGUAACCCUCUGACGUCACAGAAAUUGCAAUGCUGCCCGCUCGAAGAAUUUGGAAAGAAACAGUGUUAUUGUUAGAAGUCAUGUGUCCUCGAAGUAACCAAUGAGAGCUCGCGCUGUUUGGAAAAAAAAUUCUAGCUGUAUAACAAACUCUAAUAGCCAAGGGUCAAUUUAAUAGGCAAGAACGUUUGCGAGCAUGACAGGUGUAACGGUAAAUUUAGAGUCUGAAAGCAAUAACCUGACCCCAGAAUAUAUAGCGGGAGUAUGCGAGGCGCAAUGACUUACUCUUUAUAGCGGAGCACCAUGGGUAAGAAAAUUUGGUAGUCUAUGCAUCCAAGAAAUUUUGGUUCUGGGAGAAUCGUCCGUACUGAGUUCGUCCGUCCUUACGUCCACCCGUUCAUGUUAGCAGAUACCAAAUGGCAUACUUGAAUACUAUUUGUGGAAAACUUGGUAUUGGACAUCCCUGUUUUAGUCAGUUGACAGCUGCAAAAAAGGGGUAUCCGCUGACCAGUGUCACGUGGCUGCAUCGCGAGCUCAGGUGUACAACUCAUCGAGGCGGCGUAAUUUAUCCGCUCACCAUUUUUUCGUUUUCGAUUGAUCGCGGGCUCAGGUCCAUUUUUAAAAGGUAAAAUUUAGUUUGCUCACUGCUUACGGCAAAAGUUGAAUAAUGGAGGAAGACAUUUUUAAAGCAUCAUCCCUCCAGAGCUUCGCUUUUGGCCUUGCCUAAAUCUAUAUUUUACAACCUUAUCACAGGCUUACCUGAGAGGUUAACAAACAUUGCUGUUGGAAAGACAAAUGAAAUGCGGACCACAGAAGGAGAUUUUUUUUCCUGCAGAGCUGUGGACGGUAACAGGAACGGGAAUUUGCGUGCAGGAAGCUGUGCUAGAACGUUAAGAAUGAAAGAACCUUGGUGGCUUGUGGACUUAGGAAGCAAGGUCUGGGUCGAGAAAGUUGUCAUUGCUAACAGGAACGACUGCUGUUACAAACGGUUGUCAGACUUGGAGAUUCGCAUAGGUAAGGCACAUACUCUCUAUUGAAGAUUCUAAUUGACCAUUAGGUAGUCCACGAAUUAAUUGACCGUUGAGUCGUAUAUAGAGUUGUAAUGAGUCUGCAUGAUCAUUAUAAGUUAUAGCGCAUGCUCAUUAAGGCGUGAACGCAUUUUAUCAUAUUCGCCCCCUGCGAAUUUUGCUCAAAAAGAAGUUUGGAGGCUAGUCGAGCCGUUUCCUGGUCGCUGCCUUGUUACAGAGAGUUAAAACUGCCCAUAAAGCCGUUUACAACUCGACAUUUGGCGGCCUUCAUUUCCAGAUGAAAAAUGCCAGCCUCCAGAGUUCAGAAGGCGGGCUUAAAAGUAACACAGCAGUCUCGACUUUAACUUUCGCUUUCUUCUCUCUCUCCUUUUCUAUCGCUUUUCUUUCCUCGCCGGCUUUUUUUGUGGGAAAGUAUUUGAGAUCGUAGGAUAAGAUCGGGUCAGCUUUUCAUAAUUUUUCGCAUUUUUUCUGGUCUCCUGGACUGGAUCUUGCUCCCUCUGCCGUAGCGCAACUUAGAUGACAAUGUUUUUGCCUUGACUGUUAAUGAGUAGUAGUAAUUUUUAACCAGGAGACUCUCAUUAGGGUGAUUUUCAGAGAGGCCCUGAAAAUAAAAAAUUGUAAAAAGAAAAAAGUGUAAAAAGAUAUAAUUAAGGUGGCUCCGUAAUUAAUACAAGAGCAUUUAGCGGUGACAAAUUUUCCGUCAUAACUUUUUCGACUUUAACGCGAUGGCUGCGAAACUUUGGAAAGAACAACAGAUAUCAUUCGGCAAUAAUACGAAAUAUUACGAUUUCAUUGAUGGUAAAUAUUUCUUGAGAAAUUAGCGCUUAAAAGGACCCUAAUGUUCAAAGAAAAUCGCGUUUAGUAAAAAAUUUUGCUGAUAUUUUUUACUGAAAUUUCUGGUAUCGGCUUUAAUUGAUAUAAUAAAUAUGCCAGAGGAAUUUCAGAAAAAUCGUUGGAGCAGAAGUCCGUAACUAAAAGUCACUCAAAAUUCAGCUGUGAAAUUGUUUUGGAAUUUCAAAAAUAAAUUACUAUCAGGUAGAAGGAGCCACCAGUUUGAAUUUUCGGGACAAGUAAAUUCAACGUUUGCUAAUUCUUAAAACAAAAGCCGAUUGCCUAUCGUGCUAUUCUUUAAAAGGUACUUUUUAGUUUUAGAAGCACUAUAAAUUGCUCCAAACCUUGCUCUGAAGUAGAAUUACUUGUUCUUCCACAGUUUUAAAAUAUCCCUUGGCAGUUUUGGCUCAAACUCCUGCUGCAUACAUUUUGAUGUAUUGCAAUGUAUUUUCAGCGACUUUUACUGCUGUUCGUUGCUUCCAACUCAGAAAAAAAGUAUUGAGAUUGGACGCUACCUCGUAUCAGAGCUCAGAUAGAACUGUCCAGCACCUUUGUUUAUGACUACAAAAUGAGCACGAGCGGCAGUUCUGCGAGGAAUUCGCACCUCACCCAGGGGGGACAAACGACAAUGAUGACCAUGCCUGUGAACCGAAUAACAUCACAGUGCAAAAUAAAAUUAUCGCAAAAAUACUGCCCGUGAAUAAAUUUACAACUCUGAAAUUUUUGUCACUCCUUUCUUCAAUGAAUGGGUAUUUUUUUCUUGAUUAUUAUGUUUUGCUCUGCAAUACAUGUUUAUACAGAUCGGUUCACAGACAUGGGCAUCAUUGUCAUUCGUCCCCCCUGGCUGAGGUGCGAAUUCCUCGCAGAGCUGCCGCUCGUGCUCAUUUUCUGGUCAUAAACAAAGGUGCUGAACAGUUCUAUCUGAGCUUCGAUACAAGGUAACUUACAAUCUCAAUACCUUUUUCCUGAAUUGGAAACAACAUACAGCAGGAAAAGCCGUUGAGGAUGCAUUGCAAUACAUCAAAAUGCAUGUAGCAGGAGUUUGAACCAAAACUGCCAAGGGAUAUUUUAAAAAUGUCGAGGAACAAGUCAUUCGAGGUCAGAGCAAAGUUUGGAGCAAUUUAUAGUGCUUCUAAAAGUGAAAAGUACCUUUUAAAGAAUAACACGAUUGGCAAUCGGCUUCUGUUUUCAGAAUUAACAAACACUGAUUUUACUUGUCCCGAAAAUUGAAACUGGUGUCUCCUUCUUCCUGAUAGUAAUUUAUUUUUGAAAUUCAAAAACAAUUUCACAGCUAAAUUUUGAGCGACUUUUAGUUACGGACUUCUGCUCCAACGAUUUUUCUGAAAUUCCUCUGGCAUAUUUAUUAUAUCAAUUAAAGCCGAUACCAGAAAUUUCAGUAUAAAAUAUCAGCAAAAUUUUUUACUAGACGCGAUUUUCUUUGAACAUUAGGGUCCUUGUAAGCGAUAAUUUCUCAAGAAAUAUUUACCAUCAGUGAAAUCGUAAUAUUUCGUAUUAUUGCCGACUGAUAUCUGUUGUUCUUUCCAAAGUUUCGCAGCCAUCGCGUUAAAGUCGAAAAAGUUAUGACGGAAAAUUUGUCACAGCUAAAUGCUCUUGUAUUAAUUACGGAGCCACCUUAAAAAGCUACAAAACAUUUUUCAACACUAAAAACCAAGUAAAUAAUCACAAGGAACUAUUGAAAAGAUUAUAAAAUUAAAAAUUAUUAAAAUUAUUAAGAGCGGUUUUCUGUAAGGACCGACUAAGGGUAUGCAAGAUAGAAAAAUCCGAUUUUCCCAAACUUUGCCAGAAAGAAGGCCUUGGUGAACUGUUUCUAAAAAUAUAACUUUCGGGUCGUUUGGGGUUUUACUUAUUUUUUAAUGAAUUUCUUAAAUUUUGGCCGUUAACGCCGGCUUUAAUCACGCCGAAAUAUGCACUUUUGCAGAAGCUCCCAUUAAUACCUUGAAACCUUUCUUUAAAAGAUUAAUCAAGCAAAUCAAACUAUCUUCUUUCGUCAGAUUAUCGGUGUCGUCAAAUGCAAAUAAAAUGUAAACGUGAAAAUUUGACGGAUUUUCUAAUUUUACAUCUUUCAAUGGUGAUUACAACAACAGUAUUUCGGCUAAAUUCAAGGCCUAAAAAAGCACUCUGGUACAUCGCUUUGACCAACAAAACUAUACUACGAGGAAACAUUAUCAUUUCAACUAAACAUCGAUGAAAAAAAAAAUUGGGGUAAAUGAAACGGCGAGUUCUGAGAGCGAUUUGAAAACAGGUCAUUUUAUCAAUUAUGAGUGACCUUUGACCUUUAAUAUUCAUGGAAAUAAACGCCAUUGAGCUCUGACUUUUGUUUGCGUGAUGACGUUUUUUUGGCUCUACCAGUUUGUUUUUACUUAGAAAUACUUGCCUUUUAAAUUUUGAGCCAUGCAAUUAAUUUGGAAUAGUAAAAUUGGAAAUUAGAGACAGUUUGCUCUGACAUGUCAGUUUUGUCUACCGCCGACUCUGUAAUACCAGUCUAUUGAUACAACACAAAUGCGGCAACAAAUGCGAGGUAAAUCAAUGUGCGAGGUACUUGACUAAUAUGUCUUAUCUCAGCGAUGCUUUCUUGGAUAGAAAGAACCGCAUUCAUGGAAGUUCCUGACAAAAAUCGCCGAGCGCAUAUAUCACCGUGCAACAUGACCAAGUAUUGAAUGCCACAGGACACCCAGGAUUGGAUAUGGUUGCGGAGAGGUCGGUGCAUCUUUGGUAGUUCAAUUUUUUUUUCUUUUGGACUGAUAAAUAAAAACCUUUUUUCCUGGAUUAUUGAGUUGUUCUCCGUUAAUUGAGAAGAGCCCGCAUUCUGAAGAGGCAGCACUGGCUUACUUCUUUGUCUUUAAUUGCACCUGUUAAUUUGUACAGUGCAGUUUAUUCAUUGACUUCAUUCAAUCAUUGUGUAAAUGGCUUCGUGUGAGUAUGGGCAGAUUGCAGGAGGAACAUGUGGUUCUAGUGUGGACAAUCCAGAAAAUGUGAAGAGCGUGAUCCUCGCGAAGUGUACUAAAGCCAUACAAGGGCAUCUAUGUUCUUGCAACAUUAGAGACGCUAGUUUAGACUCUGAACUAAAGCUGUUGUUGGCACGUGCAGGUACGUAAGGUAGAUGUCUGUAUUAAACAGGCCAUCUUUAAAAAAAAAAAACAAGAAAGAAUAGACGCAUAAUUUAAAGAAAGGAAAAUAAACGCCUCCCAAUCUUUUUACAUCGAGAAGAAUCGGUGUGAGACUAAAGCUAAAUGUAAUUUAGCUGCAUCGUGGUCUGAUUCAGACUGUUUUUAUAUUUUGAAAGGUGUCCGCAAAUUUAUCGAAGCAUCACUAGUUUUCGUACGUCUGCAGCCUGUAGAUUUCAAUUAUUAUCCAUAAUUUACACACUAAAUAAAACUGGACGAUGUUCAAGGUUUAGUUACAAGGGUAACGUGGAAAAUGACUUGAAAGGAAGGCUUAAUGAAGCGUGACGCUCAGCACCUUCUUUGAUUGAUUCGUGUACUUCUCAUUUUACUGCAUUUCAUAUACAAUUUUUACUCCGUUAAUUAAGGGCCAUGAUUGCAACUUACAACGCUAAAAUAUUUUUAGACAUAUUCCUAAAACACAUAGCGUGUUAUUCAAGAACGAAUUUUAUUGACAAAGAUAUGAGUGAUAAUUAACCCGUGCAGUAGCCGACUUAAUCAAAUUAAGAUCAAUAUCAGAACAUCUGAGCUCAGCCAAAAUGCAAAAGUUAAAGCCUCCGUGUUUCUCAGUAAACACGCAAAAUUUAAACUUAUUCCUGAUCAUUAAUACUUCAAUGCGAUGAGAAGUUUAUUUUUAAAAAAAUUAUUAAUAUUGUCUACAUUUAUAAACCAUCUCAGAUUUAUCGCGAGCAUUACAGCCUUGUUUGUUUCACAGGAACUUUACAAAAGUGAGGAACAAAAACUGCUUUUGGGAUGACUGGACGUCCAAAGAAAAAUUAAAAAUAAAGCUUUUGAUUUAUCUUUUGGUGCAUAAAUUAACGAUAAACGUGGAAGAAGCGAAUAAAAUGUGAACGACGCUGCGAUAUAUACGCUAAAAAUUGUUAAGUAAAAGGCACCUUACAACCUUUUUUAUCUUUGAAGGAAUUUUUGAGUUAAACGAAAGUCACCUUGAACUAACAAUAUGCCCAAGACAUCAAGACGAAUUUGGCAUUAGAUGGCGUUCAAAUAAGAGGAUAUGCACUGCUCCCAGUGAAUGGUCAUCGCAUGGAACUUUAGUGUCAGGGGAGAGAGGAAUAUCAUCUCUAAAUUCCAAGCUACUCUACCAGCAAACCCAAGUGUUGCUUCCUGUAGGCUCCCGUGAGUGUUAAACCUGUAGUGAUAUAUUACAACAUUGCCAGGUUUAGAGCGUAAAAAAAUGGCAGUUUCAAUUUCCUCCACUGCCAUUUUUUGUAUUUUAAAUUCAUAAUCGGAUAUACCCCCGCCCCCUAAAAUCUUUAAAUCAAGAAACGUGUUACCGAACAGUUUCAACACAUAGCUGCAAUAUUUCAAAAACGAAGAGCAUCAUGAGCAAAAACAGAAGCUAUAAGAGUUUGACACAGAUUUUCUGAGUAAUGUUCUGCAAUCCACUAUUUUUUUCAGAAAUCUGCAAGCAGUGCAGGAGAAAGUUGGAAGAAGCAUCACAGUUAUUAGUAUUUCCCAGCUCAGAAUCGACCACAGAAGCUUUAGGAUCUAACGUAGACAAACCGGAAGAGCGGAUAUCACAAAAUAUCCCACAGGUAGAUAGACCUAUUUGGUAUAGCUAUGGCAUGAACAUAACAGAUUAUAACCUUGUCCGAGUGGUUUUUAAUAGUUUAGUGAGGUUCAGCAAAAGGUGAGUUUUCUUCCCCUCCACUUUUGAUGACCCCAGCCUCCCUGCAUACUACUCCUUUAUAUCAUGUAUUGAUGCGAGAACACUUACAUAUCAUUGCAGUGGUGAUAUGUACGCGGUUAAAAAAGUCAUUUGCUCUACAGCGGCGACAUCGAGUUUAUAAAUUUUUCUGCGCUAACUAGUUCAUUUUCCUUUCUAACGCGUACAGAGAAAAGAUGUGGAGAUUUAAGAAGUUGAAGACAACGUUAGCCAGUCAAUGCACCACCUGACCAUAAGAGACGAAUACUCUCAUCCACAGCUUGACGAAUCAGGACACUACUCCGAGAUCGACACUAGCGUGUAUCAAACGGACUCUCAAGCGAGCAGCGGCAGCGAGAGUUCUAACGGCGAUGAUCCACAAAUUAGUAGUCAAGCAACAAGACGUUCCUGUUGAACGAUUUCUUACGUUCAUGUAAUGCUCACACAGUCGGGUCACACAAAAAGUGAUGGGAGGCAGCCAGCGAACGUACUAGAGCAAGCCAUGUGUCAAAGGCGAAGUCAGUUAUUGUUUCUGGCCUUAACGUUAUUGUUCCAGGAGACGCAGGCUACCUCUGGGAAGCCGUGAAAAAAUCUGGCUCAGUCGAGAAGGUACUUGGCAUCGGUGAACGACAAGAAGACCGAAAAUAUCUAAAGGCACUGGCGGAGUCUUACCAAAACGCAUCUACUUGGGAAACAAGGCGUCAGAUAUUAUCAAUCAUGGCAGACCUAAUAACGUUUAAGCGUAUCCUAAACUACAUCCCAGGGAUCACCGAAUACCGGUUCAAAAUGGCGAGACAGCACUCUCUUCAAUAUGGGCGGGGUGCCUUGCUAGCCCGAGCAAAAAGUCCUAGGAUGAGAGUAGAUAAUAAACAGUUGGAUCACUUUUUGACUUACAUAACUAGCCCGCACGUCAUCCAGGAUCUUCCUUUUGGGCAGCGAUAUCUCCGCCUAUCUUCUGGAAAGAUAUUAGAAACCCCAAAUGUCAUUAGGGCGAUGAUCCCUAACAGGCUAGUAAAGCAGUACCAGGCUUAUUGCGAGGAGACGAAUUUUACUCCAUUCAGCCCAACAACAAUGUUAAGAGUCCUGUCUGCCUGCAGGGCGACCGUAAGGAAGUCCUUGCAAGGGCUCGACUACAUUGCUUCGGAUCGCGCGAAAGGGUUUGAAGCUUUGUGUGGAAUAGUGGACCAACUUAAAGAGAGAGGUCUGGACAGAGAGACUGCCAAAAAAUGGGAAGUGUCUCUGAGGGAAGGCAAGCAUUAUCUGAAGGCUGAUUAUAAGGUAUCAGAUACGGUUUAAAACAUGGUUAACUGAAAGUAAACCGUAAUAUAUAACGAACUGCCACGAGACUGGCAAAAUGGCAAAAUCUGUUAACUUUGUCGUGAGGGCUUAUUUAAAUCAGGUGGGUUCUUUUCCAAACUAAUUAUACUAUUGUUGGGCAAGAGAACACCGCUCUCUAUACUGGCGACCGUCUUCGCCUUGCUAGGUGUGUUCUUUAUUCUACCAAGAUUCAUAUUUUCUAAUUGCUUUAACCAAACUUGGCAAAAAUAUUGCGGGUACAAUAGAUGAAAGCUCAGAAACUUCAAACGGUCACUAAAUUUACUACUUUGUCUUUUUUGAAGGUUCAUGUAUCCGAGUCCUCCUCGGUUGCAGACCACUGCAGCGGAUACGCUCUCAGCGAUAGUAAGGACGAUGAACUAAGAUCCCAAUGCUCUCAUAAUCAUGACAUUCAGUGUUCACAGUGUGAAAGUCUCAGUAAUGUUCUUUUUUCAAUUAAAACAUUCUUGACUGAGUCAACGUUUGUACCUGAAGAACUAGAAGACGUCUUGUACACGCAUAGUCAUGCAGUCCAGGCAAUCCACCCCUGGAAAGCAUAUCAACUCAGGUGUGUCAGGCAAGAUACAGCAAGGAUGGCGUGCUUAAGCGCUUUAGAUGAGACCUCUGUACUCGUAACACAAGAUUGGGCUAUGAAGUUUUUACGGCUCAAAUAUAGAGAAAACCAAUCAGAUUGGUACGGGAAACGAGGAAUAUCGUGGCAUAUAAGUGUCAUCAUCAAGAAAAAAUGAGAGGGCUUUUAGAAAGUCAGUCCUUCGUCCACAUAGUUGAGAAUACAUCACAAGACAGCUCAGUUGUAGUGCGAAUUAUUGAGGACACCUUAAGGUCGCUGAAAGAGGAGAAUCCUAGAAUCAACAGUGCCUUUCUACGGCAAGAUAACGCGGGAUGUUAUCACAGUUCUGCUGUAAUAGCAUCAUGCACCCUAAUGAAGGCAAACACUGGGAUAGACGUUUGCAGAGUAGAUUUCAGUGACCCUCAAGGAGGCAAGGGGCUUGUGACCGAAAAAGCCGCCACUAUCAAGGCCCAUGUCCGCAGGUAUGUAAAUGAGGGCCACGACGUGCAAGAUGCUGAACAGCUUCAAACAGCUAUCCUGUCUAAUGGCGGUGUCACCGGGGUUCGCGUUACUGUUGUUAAUGCUGCCGUUUCUGCCUGUGAACUGCCUCAAGUCAAACUUGAUGGUAUCAGCACGUUAAACAACUUUGAGUACUGCAAAGACCAGUUGACAGUUUGGAGAGCUUUCAACGUCGGAAAUGUAAGGGAGAUCAGCCAAACGAAAGUUCAAGGUAAAAAAAAAUACGGGCAUAGUGAUAUUUAAAUGUACUGUAUUGGAGUGUUGCAAAUACUCACUGACUUAGCCAGCUAAUAAUUACGGAUAACGGGCAAUAUUAACAGUGUAAGAGAGUCUAUACUAAUGGCUACUAUGGACAACUCAGUCAGUUGUGUACAUGACAAAUUAACAAACCUUUAAAAGACGCGAAAAACGUUUCAUCUAAAAUUAAAAAAGACUUCCAUUUCAAUGUUCGCUUUUUUAGUUGCUGAUGUCUUGCAAAGCUGCAAAUUUACUUGCUGAUUUUCCCCUGGUGACUUUGUAAAAGCAUCCAAGGAAGCCUCAAAGAAGCCAAGACCCAAUGAAACGAUGACAGUAGAAGAAGCGAAAGACGCUUCUGUCUUGUUCUCCUGCCCAAAUGAAGGUUGCAUCAAGGUAUACGAGAGAUACUCGAGUCUCGAAAGGCAUAUGUCGUUUGGCAAAUGCAAGUUGAUUCCGGAGAAAGAGACUUUGCUGGACAGGGCUAAAUUAACGUACCACGCUAUCCUUCAGGACGAUAUUGGCAUUGCAAAAGUAUUUGAAGGAAGGGAAACGGAGAAGAAGCACGGUGUCAGUUUACCUGAGGGUUGGGCGUUGAAAACUGCAAAGAAGUCGUCACGGUUUAACGAAUCACAAAGAAAGUACCUGGAGGAAAAAUUUGAGCUUGGACAGCAAACAGGCCACAAACAAAACCCUGAGAAAGUGGCGAGAGAUACGCGUUUUGCAAAAAAAAGCAGAUGGUUCGAGGUUGUUCUCGAGUGAUGAGUUUCUUACCUCGCAGCAGAUACAGUCUUUCUUUUCAAGAUUAUCGUGCAAGUUGCGUCACGCUGUAGAGGUUAGCGACUCAGAUUUACAAGCUUCUCAGGAUGAACAAGAGUUUUGCGACACCCGCCAGACUGUGUUAGAGGAAGUACAGCUAGAACAUCCCAUCGCUUAUGACAACCUAAACCUUUGCGAAUUGACCAAGAAAGGUAACAUGAAAACACUCAGCAUUGCAAUGCUGAAGAACAUAUCAUAUUUUGAUAUCUGCACGGAAGAAUUUAACCCAAGGCGCAAGGAAUAGUACCUUGCCGCGUUAGGGGAUCUUGUAAAGGGGUGCGGCUGUAACGCCUAAAAGUCAAAUUACUGUUAACAGUUUGGAUAACAGUUGUCAGGAGGGGUCGCAUCUCGUUUUGCGCGAUGGUUGGAAAAAAAGUGUCCCACCUAGUUUAUUUUAGCUCGUCAGAUUCAUCACGUAUAGAAAAGCUUCAGUUCCAGUUUUUUUUAUUUACACGCUGACGUCUUUCUAAGCUUGUACCUACUGGUGACGUUAUACUUUUGCGCAUUCCUAAUUUUGCGCAAUUCCACCUCCCCCAUCGCUCCGCGGACCGUGUCGUCGGAUUUUAAAAUCUAUAGUUUUCUUCGAAAAUAAUUGUAUUAUUACAAUUACUACUUCUAAGUAAAGCGAUAACUUGACUCGUAUUAUAAUCACUUAAACUGACGAUGUUUAUACGUAGAAUUAACGGGAAGCGUUAUGAUCGUAUAAGACUAAGAGCAGAUGUGAGAGAAACAUUGUUAAUUUAACGAGCGCUUCCUAAAUCUGCGCUCAUCUACCCGAUGUUAUAUUUUCCCUUAAUUCUUACAGGAUUUUGCUGGCAACGAAAGCAAGGAAUCGAUCCAUACAAGUUUUGUUUUAGUUUGUGGGUCCGUAACCGUGGGGUUACUCGACCAAUACUAGGGUAUAUGUGAGCCGCUGAGGAUCUAAAAUCCUGACCCUGUUUAGGAGAAACAAAUUGCAAAAUACAUGUUCAUGAUAUACCCUGUUUAGAACAGAGAGUUCAAAAAUCACCCCCGGGGUCCGUUAUUACUGCGCGUCAUUUUUACCUUGAGUCCCAUGGACCUUACCCAGCACUAUUCAGGGUAAGUACGAUUAUUUAGGAAUUAUCCUAACACUUAAGUAUCUAUUAUAGAAAUAUUCCCAUGCCUUUUGUCAGUAUAGUACAAAACACCCAGUGUUGCUAAAAACAUAAUGAGACUUGCGGUUCCGGAAUACACUUGACUGGGUGUGCUGUGGCGUUUCAUGGUCAAUUGUUUUUAUGCAAAUUGUGUUAGCGCCUGAGUUCAAUGAUCUCUGCGUACUUUUCUAAUGAGUGCUGUGCUUUCGAUCCAGGAAAAGAUCUGUAAGGUAGGAAGUAUUUAUAAGCAAUUGGUGAAUUGACUAACCUUGUAGCUGAUCACCUAUUUGUGUUGUAAGUACAAAAACAAUCAAUUUCUAAUUCACGUGUAAACAAACGGCAAACGCCUGAGCAAACUCAUAUUUUGACUUUCCAAAUUCUCGUUUUUAGGGAAUACAGUACCACAAAUUGAAAAGACCAGUAUCCUUAAUUAGUAAUAUGCUAGAAAUGAGGAAAUAGGCUUCAUCAUGCAAGGGAAAAUCAGAGCUAAAGAGCUCUGGGUUUCUAUUUCCACUAAUUUGGAACCGUUCCAAGUUCAAAAGGUCGCUCAAAAAUGGCCCAGGUAACCCAUUUUGAAAACGCUCUCAGGACUCGCCGUUUCAUUUACCCCAAUUUUUUUUUUCAUCGAUGUUUAGUUGAAAUGAUAAUGUUUCCUCGUAGUAUAGUUUUGUUGGUCAAAGCGAUGUACCAGAGCGCUUUUUUAGGCCUUGAAUUUAGCCAAAAUGCUGUUGUUGUAAUCACCAUUGAAAGGUGUAAAAUUAGAAAAUCCGUCAAAUUUUCACGUUUACAUUUUAUUUGCAUUUGACGACACCGAUAAUCUGAGAAAAGACGAUAGUUUGAUUUGCUUGGAUAAUCUUUUUAUGAAAGGUUUCAAAGUAUUAAUGGCAGCUUCUGCAAAAGUGCAUAUUUCGGCGUGAUUAAAACCGGCGUUAACGGCCAAAAUUUAAAAAAUUCACUAGAAAAUAAGUAAAAUCCCCAAACGACCCGAAAGUUAUAUUUUCAGAAACAGUUCAUCAAGGCCUUCUUUCUGGCAAAGUUUGGGAAAAUCGGAUUUUUCUAUCUUGCAUACCCUUAGUCGGUCCUUACAGAAAACCGCUCUUAAAAAGUCACGAUAUCAUUUGAUUUUCUUAAAAAGAUGUAAAACUGUUCAGAGUUUAACAACUGAUGACUUAACAAUCGUUUCAAGGGACGUGGACCCGCACGGAAUUUUACCGGCGGUUCAGGGGCAAAUGUUUUGCUUAAAUUUCUCAAACACCGUCGGAAUUUUUUUUUGCUUGACGUUCUCCAAGCAGCUGAUUGUUUGACAUCAAGCGCUGAACCCAGCAAAUUCUAAAUGGUAGUCUUAAUGUUUUAGGUAACAGAAGAGAAUCAAAGCGACCUUCAACCCGAUAUGCCGUCAAGGUCUUGUCGUUCCUAAAGAACCUUGGCUUUACAGCUGCGCCGAGCCAAUGCUCGGAAGAUACGUGUACAUUCGGUUAGUACGAUCAAACCCCACAGUGCUAACACUCUGUGAAGUGGAGGUCUAUGUGGACGGUAAGUACUUGUGUAAUCCCUUGGCUAUGGAUAGGGUGAUAUCGGGUCUAAAUGCUCGGAAGAUACCUUUACAUUCGGUUAGUAGGAUCAAACCCCACAGUACUAACGGUCUGUGAAGUGGAAGUCUAUGUGGACAGUAAGUACUUGUGUAAUCCCUUGGCUAUGGAUCGGGUGAUAUCGGGUCUAAAUGAAACGAUGUAGAUUACGUAUUCUGAACGGACUUAGAUCUCUGUUUAAGUGAUUAAUUAAGUUGGUUAAUAACGAAUUCAGGAAAGAUAGAUCUUCCUGAAGUCGGAAGGGUAAAGUAGGAGAGGUUAAAUUUGCCAAGAGAGAUGAAAUAAGCCGGAUAAUGUUUCCUAGCCGUCGCCGUCGUUGUUGCUUUCAGGUCCCUAAUAUGGUAGUUACCCCUGGGUCAUGACCACUGUCAAAAGUAUGGUACUGCGUAAAGUUUAAAUAGGAUCUUUUGAUGAGUAGACGCUCUUCUAUUUGCGGGUAUUUACCAGUACCAUGAGGGAAAUUGGCAGCGUACAUCUUGUAACACAUGGUGCCGUAUGUUUUUCAGAGACAACAAUCUUCUCCCAUUCCAAGUUCUUAAUUCCCCACGCGAACAGCAAACUCAAAAAAUCAACUUUUCUUCGAUAUGAUUAUCACAAGGCUGUCAUGAAACUGGAAAAAGGUUCUACUGUAAAAUUAAGGAAGCAAGACAUCAUUGUCGACCUGCCCCCGAAAGCGGAGAGUCUCAAGAACAACGUGGCUGUGUAUAUACCGGUGAUGUACGACUCCUAUGGGAAAAAUGCAACUGCCACUUGUGGGAAAGGAGAAAAUGGCGAAUACUUAAAUGGGAAAUUUGUUAGCGAGAUAUACGCAAAGAUGAAGUAUGCAGUGAACGUAACCAACAAUGGUGAGUAUGUCAAAAGACGUGAGGCUACAAAUACAUUUAUUAUUAUUAUUAUUAUUAUUAUUAUUAUUAACAUUAUCCAUUACUUUGGUUUAUGUUUUUGUUUCUUUCAAUAAUGUCUUAAGCGCAGACUUAACCGCACUGCGAGGAGUGUCCCUAGUUUAUUUGAUGGCAUAGCACAAAACAAAGCCCAAACCUCGUCUCCAAAGGGAGGGAGGGAGGGAAAAAUUUUACAAGAAUAGUAUACCGAGCGCUUAAACCUUGCCGAACACUGGAACCCAAGUGAACUCUGAACAGUUGGUCUAGGCUUUUAUAGCUAGACGAAUGUCUGCUGGCAUAGCCAGUAGAAAAGGCUGUACUACAAGACAGCUCAGCGUUGCAUGUGCAAGCUCUUAGCCUUGAAUGGUGCUUUGAAAAUAUUGGCCAAUGCUGUGGCUCGUACUAGCCUGCUUAAGACAACAAGGCCGUAAAGUUCUACGCUAGAAUACAAUGCAUCUUAGAGCUCGUUGACCUUGACAACUUAAGUCUUUGUCUUCCAAAAAACAGUGGUAAUACUGCAUUUGUUGGAAUUUUGAGUUUAGUUCUAGGAAAGAGGAAAUUUAAAAACAGGUUAUUCAACUGCAGCCAGUUAACAGAUCUGCGCAUGAAAGGUAGUGUGAUUUUAAAAUACUUCCGUUGUAUAAUAAUAAAGAUAAUGAUAGUAAAAUACUUAUAUUAUCCUUUUCCCUUGUGGGCUCCUCAGGGAUAAUGAAACAAAUCAUUUAAAUUGAAACUGCCUCCGUAUAGACAAGAGGUCUUUUACAAAACCUAUUAUAAUAUCUUUGUUUUGUCAAGCCGUCUGGACCCAAACACGUUCAACGUCAAAAACCUUACUAAAAAGUAACACUCGGGAAAAAUCUUUGUGAUAUAUCUACUUUGUACGUGUUUUUAUUAUACACGUGAUGCUCGUGUUCUAUGUAUACAGCCUGAAAAUAUUACAAAGAGCUGACCGAUUUGAUGACUUAUUUAUAGCCGACAUCUGCUAGCUUCAAGUUGAAUGUCCCAAGCAUUCGUUUUGUGACACCACAUACAUUGGCAGCUCAUCUCCGCCGGGUUCUUACCAGUGCGUGUGUGACGAUGGCUACUCCUCUUCGAGCAAACGCCCUGGAAAUCUUGUUGCCUCAGGAGAAAAAUGCACCGAAAAUCCCCCUUCAGGUAAGUCUACUUGUAAGAUUCGUGGAAUCCUGCCUUAUUUGUAAUGUACAUUACAUAUCUAUGUACUUCCUCCUUCUCUGUGCCUCCUCCCUUGCGGGAUUUUCCCGCUAUCGAAAUCCCAACCCUUCAAAAAACAUUAUUGGUGCGCUCCCACUUAAAAGCUUUUUUCAGAAAAAUCGUUUUGAAAUAGCAAUGCACCUCUCACUGCUCACUUACAGUUGAAUCGAAGGUGGUAUGCCGGCUUCAUGCACCUUGAACAUUUCUUAUUGUCUGACAAGGGGCCUGAGGCCUGUUUCUCGAAAGUCCCGAUAAUUAACGGGCCCGGUAAGCUGUUACCAUUUACAUUAAAGAUCGAGGUUUCAAUGGUUUUGCAUCCAACAUGAUAAAACUAUCAGUUAAUGAAACAAAACGGAGUAGUUUCUUAGCCAGGACCCACCCUCUUACUCUUUAUAUUUCGAUUUAAAUAUUUGAUUUCGGGCCCGAAAAGUUACCGGGACUUUCGAGAAUCGGGCCCCAGGGCCCCGUUUCUCGAAAGGCCCGUAGACUUUUCGGGCCGGAAGGCAAAUUUUAAAAUCAAAACCAGUUGAAUAGUAGCACAGUUCUUAGCUCACAAACCAGUGAAUGUUGCUUUAUUAAGUGAUAGUUUCUCGUAUCAUUUUCAAAAUUAUUGAAACUUUGAUCUUGCAUGCAAACGCGGCAAACAUAAACAGCUUUUCGAGCCCCAGCAGUUACCGGGACUUUCGAGAAACGGGUCCCAGGUUACGGAUAUCACAAUUAUGAUCUUAGAACACAACACUUAAAUUAGCCAAAAAACGAAAGAUAAAGAAAAAGCAGUAAAGAACAGCGAUAUUUGAUUUAUGCUUUCUUUCCUCAUAGUUUUGCAUCAUCACAACGUACGUAGGAUCGAGCAGGAGUUCUCUACAAACAGGAGAGUGCGCCUAUCAAGCUUCGGUUAAGUGUGUUUUUUGUAACAAAGUUUUUAUUUCAUUUAGAACCGAAGCUCAAAUACAGUAGACAGAAUCAGGCAUUGAACAGUAAAACGAGUUCCUCGUCAGUUGACAAUUACGCUGGCUGCAACCACAAAGGUUGUAAAGAAGUCCUUGCCUUGGCAAAGCUUGCAGUUGACGGUGAUUAUGCUAACUGCUUUCGCUCCGUGUCCACUUAUAAACCAUGGCUGAUGUUCAUCUUGACGGAACACACCCAAUCGUCUCGGUUCAGAUUGCUUCAUCAAAGGAAUUUGACCUCAAAAGACUCAAGAUUUUUAUAGGUAGGGAAAUAAGCAAUUGUUAAUUUAUGUUGCUGAUGGUCGUAGGGGCGUAGCCAUAACGCACGUUCGUAUCUGUAAACUAGUGCAAUGUUAACUCCUUUAUAACUUCUCUCAGACAAUAUUUUUGCAGAGCAAAAUACGGUGUUUUCCCCGGUUGUGAAGAUCGAGAAAAAUAAAAACCUCAUUAUACUGAAAAAAAGAAACGACAAUAGGUCAUUUUCAAGAUGGCGUCACUUGACUACUACGACCAGAAUUCUUUUCGGUUUUCUUUUCAUAUUUAAAUUUGGUAGCCCCAGUGAGGUUUAAAUAACAAAAGCCCUCAUUUGCACAAGAAAGCAAAACCCUGAAGGAUUCUGGUCGUAGCAGUAAAAUGACGUCAUCAUGCAAAUGGCCUAUUUCCCCAAGUGACUCACGUGAAAACGAUUCGAGAGACAAUGUAGAGUUAACUUGAAAAACAGUGCGCAUAUCUGGUGGGUGCGUUGAGCUAAUGAAGGAGCACAUGAGCAAUAAUCAAUUCUGUCACAACACGGCUUAAGCAUCAACCUCCACAACACCCCGUUUAUCUUUACUUUUAACGUUUUCUAUCAAAGGCUAUAGUGGAAUGAAGUUGCGUGCGGAUAGUAUCUUCGCAAUGAUAGACAAUUUUCCAAAAGGUACCCUUUGGAAUGUAGGAUUUGAGUUUUCCAAGACCACCUACUUUGGGGACGUCGUUAAGAUCCAGACAUCAUCAUCAAUUUUGGCGCUCUGUGAGGUUGAAGUCUACACCGAACCGUAUGGUAAGAGCAUGAAAAACAUUGCUUGUAAUUGAAAUUUCUCCUUCUUUUCUGUGAAGAUCUUUUUGGCAUUUUAACUGGAAUUUUUUCCUCAUCAUGACUGAAGUAUCUUGAUUGAAGUCGUAUAAUGUUUUUACGGUUGCUUCCAAGUACCGAGAGAGUUAGGCUAAGUUCAAACGCCGAAAUUUUCAUGUACCGAACCUAAUACCUAUUUGGGUCUACCCAAAUGAUAUAAGUUGGACGGUUAGUUGAAUAAGACGUCGAACUUAAUUGGGGGGACUCAUUGUCACGGUUCACAAACCAGUGAAAGUAAAUUAUAGUUAUUUAUUAUUCAUUCAAAAUAUUUAUCCGUUUCUGACCGGCUAAUAUCCCACGCAUAAUUCAUGUCGAUCAAAUUUGGAAGAAUUUUGAAAGAUGAUCAUGACGUCAAUAGUGCAGCAAAAUUGCCAGAUUAGAGAACUGUUAACCGCGAAGACCUGGGGACAAGGUUGAGUUGUUUUGGUAGUUAGUUCAAAAAUGGCAUGGAGGAAUAUUUCAUUCGUUUCACGAGGAAGAAAUAGGCGAAAUAUUGGCUAAAAACAUGGCAAGAACAGCAACAAGACAACUCGAAGGACGACGUCUGCUAUUUGGAGAACAUUUUCUAAGCUGAACAAUCCUUUAUCUCCUGAUUAAACUUGCCGAAUAACAUGCAAUAUCGAAAAUGAACUUAACAUCGAUGGAGGUAAGCAUGCUUUAGCUUGUUUGUAAACUAGGAAUUAUUUUAAAUGGAUGAUAAAACAAUUAUUGAAUUCGGCUUUCGCCUCAUCUGAAGAAUUGUGGAGAUCUCGCAGCCUCGUACCCAGGCCAGUUCGCGCUAUCCGAGUGACCAGAGGAGGUUUGGAACCGAGCGCGAUAGCGCGAGGCGUCCUCGGCGAAUUUUCCCGACAAGCUUGACAGGUGACGUCACAUCCUAAAUCGCCGAGGACGACUGGGAACGAGGCUGGAGAUCUCGGAUGGCGUUAUCCAACACCCUCCUCGAUCUCCAUAAUUCUUCAGGUGAUACGAAAGCCGAAUUCAAUAAUUGUUUAUGCAUAAGGUUCGGCAUAUGAAAAGUUCGACGUUUCAAACGAAGUCACUCGAAAUCUCGUACCCAGAUCUCUUGUUGACGAAAGGAUCUGGUGAUGCCUUUGUCCUUUAUAAGUAUGAACCUCUCAUAAAUUUGGUGUUCUAAUUAUUGAUUCGAUGUUUGUUAAAGCGUUUGUCUUUUUGCAAUGAAAAUUCUUGUUGCUUUAGCGAUUUUUGCGAAAUUUGCGGACAAUUAGAGGGCCUUCUGGAGGGCCUUCUUUACCUUUGUUCGUUAUAGAUAUGAACUUUGCUAAAUUUGUUAUUCCUGGUAUUGAUUCGAUAUUUGUUGAAGUUUUUUUCUUUUUGCAUGAAAAUUCUUGUUGCUUUUGCGGUUUUUGCGGCCUUCUCGAGGCCCUUCUUGGCCUUUUCUCUUUCGAAGUCUAGAAUUUUGUUAACUUUUUUAUUCGUGCUAUUCUUGAGAUAUUUGUUACCCUGUCUUUUUAGAUUACAAGGAUAUUUAUUGUUGCUUUUGCGAUUUUUGCGAAAUUUGCGACGUUCUCGUGGCCCUUCUUUGCCUUUUUUCCUUUACAAGUCUAGAAUUUUGUUAAAUUUGUUAUUCUUGCUUUAUUUGCGAUAAGUGUAAGUGUCUCACAAAUGAUUUCCUUCAGUUAUGAAUUUUUUCUGGAGGGCGUUUGGUCUUUAUAAGUAUGAACUUUAGCUAAAUUUGUUUUUCUUUUUGCAAUUAAAAUUCUUGUUACUUUUGCGAUUUUUGCGAAAUUUUUAGACUUUGCCCUCUUUGCCAGUCUCCUUUAUAAGAGUGAUCUUUUGGUCAAAAAUGUUAUUCUUGCAAUUGUUAGCAAUUGUUGUUGUUGUUGUUGCUGAAGAAAAUUCUUGUCACUUUUGCGAUUUUUGCGAAAUUUGCAGAUCUCUAGAGGACCUUUUUUUAACUUACCUUUUUCUUUAUAAAUGUGAGCUAUUGCUUACUUUGUUAUUCUUGAUAUUCCUACGAUAUUCAUCAGUGUGUUUUUUGUUGCAAUGAAAUUUCUUGUUUUUUUUUUGCGAUUUUUGCACACUUCUUUAGAUUUCUGCACGCGGUUUCUGUUAAGCAUGUUUUUGCUAAAAUAGCGUAAAAUAUUUGCCAGAAAGUUUUUUCUACAGUUUCUAAUCCUUGUUGAAUUUGUUCUUCUUGCUAUAUUUGCUAUUUCUUCUAUAUAUUUCUGAUACCAGUUUUAAUGAAAUCUUAUUUGGGAAAAUUGCGAAAACAAUUUGCUAGCCGGCCAAUUUUGCGACUGUGUUCAAUUCUGGACAUAAGUGGGCCUUAUAUGUCAGUACAACACUAAUGGUCGUAACUGUGAGAAGUAUUUACCUCUCUUCAAUAACAGAAUCAGAUGAGCUCUAUCGACAGGUGGCAAUCACCUGUUGAAGGAUGCAAGAGUUUCAGGGCCAAAAAAAGAAAAUGUCCCCUGCGUAUAGCAGGCCAUAUAAAAAACCUAUUGUUCAACAUGUUCAACUGUUUUUUGCUGACUUUGUUUUGCACCUGUUGUGCACCUAAUUAUUGUUCAUUUUAUUGUUCAUUGGUAGCGAACAUCGCAUUAAAGCAUGCUGCGCUUGGAUCAACGAAUUUUACCGCAAAAGGAAACCCACUCGCAAACGCUGCUACAGAUGGUAAAUACUUGUUGGGUGGUCCACCUUGCUUCUACUCUAAAUACAAAGGAAAAGCAUCAUGGGUAACCGACUUGGGUCCCAAUAACCGUGUUGCCAUGGUGCUUAUUUAUCUUCAGAAGGAACUUGCAGACGUGCACAAAUGGAAUGGACUGAAGGACAUUGACAUCUAUGUAGGUCAGUGACCCUCCCCCCCCCCCCCCCCCCAACGGCAACAACGAACAAAACAUCUACAAAAGAAAAUAAAGACAUUUGUAUUUUUCGAUUUCUGAAGUAAGUACUAAGCCUAUAUUUUUUUACUCGAGAAGACGUAAAACAAAAAUUAGCAAAUGCUGUCGUGUAUAGCUAACUAGUACAUAACCAUAAAGUUAAUACAUACGAAAUAUUCAACAAAAUGUUAUAAACGAAGUGCAGGAUGUAUAGAUGUGUUUCAACAGUGCCUGUUUUAUUACAAAGGUGAGAAUGUAACAGGAUUCCCAGAGCUUCGAACGAAGCCUCCGAAAGAUUCUCUCUGCUGUCAUGUUAGUAAGCCUAUUAUGGGUGGAGAGUACUUAGAAUGCAAACGGACUCUAGUUGGACGGUUCCUGAAGAUUCAAGCUUCAAAUCCAAAUGUUAUUUUAGAACUGUGUGAGGUGGAAGUGUUCUCAACAAGAAUAGGUAAGAUAAUGGCUUACCCAGGGUUUCAAGUGCAUUAUGAUGAACUUUUUAGCAGUUUGUCCCGAGAUAAUCUAAAUUGUUAUAUUCCAAGACUUUCACUCAACUAAACAGGGACCGCCAUUGGCUGAUUCUUGGUCACAUGGCCUUGAAUAAAGUGAAAUGUAUCCCGAUCGUGAUACAUUUGAGCAAUUGUACCCCGUUCAACCACAUAAUCAAAGCAUGGUGGAAAGUGGCGUGACGUAAGGCGGGAAAAACACUGCCAGUUUUCACUUCCGGGAAUGAACACAACAGGAGUCCACAACACAAGCAUGAAUACUCAAGCUAACAAGCAAUGGGUUUCAAAGUUAUCCCAGAAGAGAAACGGCAGCUAGUCAGUAGACUUGGAGGAAAAAGAUGGAGAUAAUAGAAGGAAAUUUCCUUGUAAAUCAUUCAUUCGGUAGUUUUGAGAAUUAAAGAAUCGGCUGUUUUGAUUCGCUCUGAUUAUUCUUUUGUUGCUGUUGAAGGGAAAGUCCAGACAAAACACUUAAUGUCAGGUCCCUUGCGAAACCAGUUAGCUUUGUUUUCCCUCGAGUCCUGAUGUUUCUCGUGACGAAACGUCAGGACUCUCGGAAAAACAAAGCUAACUGUUUCCCUCGGGAUCUGACAUUAAGUGUGUAAUAUUAUCUGGAACACCAUUGUAAAUUAUCACCGUCGCAUUAGUUUAUUACAACAGUGAAAUGCUUUAAAAUAUCUUGAAAUGCUUGAAGUUCCUUACACCGAGAUUGUCCAAGUUAACCACUUGUACGUCAUGUAACGUCAUAUUUACGUCAUUAUUCAAAAGGACAUCAUCUUGGUCUUUAUUGUGGCAGAAAAAUGACCUUUUUAUGAUAAAAAUGAAAUCAAAUAUAUCAAAUCGAAAUUGAUUGAACAUCAAAAAUGGUUUCCUACUUUUAAGCAAGUAAUUACAUUGAAAUGUUUGAGAUAUACCUGAUUAAAGAAAGGUAGCUUUGGGCAUUGGGAAUUAGGUAUUGGCAAGCUAUUGUUUGGUGGUCACUAAAGUAAAUCCUUGUUCCAUAUGCCCGAAAGACAAAUUAGCAAAGCAACCUUUUUCGAUUUAGCUGUAUUUAUGUGGCGUCCUUUUGCACUCUGGAAUGGGUGAGAACCAUCUUGUCUAUCGUUAUGUAGACCAUCAUUACUGCACAUAUGAAAUGUCCCGCUUAUUCAAACAGCUAAUGCAUGAUAAUCACUUACACAGCAAUUGUACACAAGUAAAAAGGAAGGCAUCAAGUCUAGUAGUGUAUUAUGGAACCAUUGUUAACAACUUCUUUUUCAGUCAACGUAGCUGGAAGUCGAACUACUUAUUCUUCUUCAAGGGAUAUUUUUGCUGGCCUUGCCACCGAUCAUAAAGUGGGUAUGUAAGUGACUUAGUCAUGAUAGAUGAAUUCUGAAAGAAGUUUUUCAGGUUUCCACCUAUACAGUAAUCUAUUAGACACCAAUUGUACAUGGAAAUUGCUACUUUGCUGCAAAUUAUAACGGUCAGAAUCUUACUGAAAGGGAAAAAUCCCCUUGGGAUUGUUAAUAUUUGUGAGAAAGCUUCAGACGAAGAGGCCCUAUUGUCCAAGCGCCAAUUUCUAAACCCUAGAGUGUAACUGUUUCAGGUUUGGAUUUAGUAAACAUUUUUUUGGCUUAAAAAGCUAGUUGUUUUCGAAGGUCGCCAUUGAUAGGCUCAUGCAGCAUCAAAAUAUAUAGAUUCUAGACAAGGGCAGAUCACAAGAGAGUUCUCUCAGACCGUGAAGUAACUUUUUUACUGUUUUCCGAAUAGACAAAGCAUUCAGUACAAACUUGGAAAGUCAGGUGGCUUGGUGGAGUGUUGACUUACUGGUCAGGACUAAGAUUCAUAUGAUCCGUAUAGUAACAGCAGUAGGUUACAAAAAGAGUGACUUUGAAGGCCUGGAGCUCAGAGUAGGUAGGCACAGUUUUCUUCCAACCUCGUUCUCAGGGCUUCUUCUUGUCGCUCAAGAGUAGGAGAGAAUCCUUCGAAAGAGGUUGAGUUAUCUUAUUGUGUUAAGUGCCUGUAUAAAAACCCUCAUUAUUCAUACUAAGUUAAAGUAACUCGAGUGGUAAAUGUAUCUGCCUAGAUCAAAUGAAUAUUGAUGUUUUCCAAUAAACUUGUUGACAUUGCCUUAGAUUAGCAUUUGCCAUAGCAUUUUGGCCUCAUAUUACACGUUAUGAAUUAAAAGUAAUGACAAAACAUGGCCAGGAAUUCCCCUAUAAACAUUAUUACCUGUUUUAUCAAUAAUAAAUGGUUGUCUGAAAGUACGAGGCUUCAAUGUGAUUUGAACUUAUGGUCUCCAGCGUCAGCGCUGCAGUGUUCUGCUAACUGAGCUAUGAAGACCCGACAUACAUACAUAAAUACGUACAGUCCAGUCUUUCUAGUUCACCUUAACCUGUGAAGGAAUUUAAACUUAGAAUGAGGAUGAUCUGAACUGCUGACAGACAAAUCUAAAUCAGAUUCACCAUCUCAUUUAGAUUUGUAAUCCGCAAUUCACAUGACAUCAUCUUUAUGCUAAUGAGUAAAUAGUUAAUUGCUGGCUAUACGCGCCCAUUACAUUGCAUUUUGAUAACUCAUUUCAGGCGAACGACAUCCUACAGAUGAACCCAAUAGACUUGUUGCCAAAUGGAAACCGACUAAUGACAUUGUGCAAGUUAUGACCUGUCCAAGGGCUACUCGAGGAAGAUUUGUCACUCUUAAGCUGAGAAGGAAGUCAAGUAUUUUGAGCUUUCGAGAGGUGGAAGUCUACAACGGACCUCUCAUAGGUUAAAAUUCUAUCAAUGUAUUUAGAGAGCUUAACCCUUUAAGCCUUAAGAACAAAAUUUGAAUUCUCAUUUGUUGCCCCUAUAUAUUUUGCUAUCACAGCGAAAACGUUGGUCGUUUUCACAUCAACGAUGCAAUUUUUUUCGUCGUACAUAUUUAACCGUGUCAGAUAGACAAUACGUCUUACUUUGGAAACGGCCAUUGUCUUGCGUGAAGACUCUAAAAACAGUUUCUUUCUUAAGAAAUUUGUAAAAGAAUCAAUUUUAUACGGGAAAAAAUUUCUUCAGUACUUUGCAGAGGCCAUGAUCUUGGUCCAAAUGCUGAUAGUGAUAGGGCUCCUAUUUAUAACGGGUUCUGCCUCGACUGCCUUAACGGGAUUUCCCUGAAUAAAUAAGUUUUCGAUCAUGAACAAAAUCUAUUGGUCUGGCUGAUUAACAUUAGGUUCGUCCCAUUUGAAGUUCGACCUUUCUGAACGUUGCCUUAGAUUCUUUACUGCGUAUUGGUACGUUCUUUACAGAUGUAGACGAGUGUGAGAUACCUGGUGUCUGUCCUAAGAACCUAAAAUGCGUAAAUCUUCCGAUAUCGUACACCUGCGAUUGCCGUGAUGGAUACAAGCCAAGGCCCGGAAACUCCACUGACUGUCUAG